CUGCUUGUUGCUUCUUGCGUUUCCGAGGAUCAUAGAAAGAGCAUUGACCAAACCAAAAGGCUUAUUCUGUAAAAUAUUUUUUAUUUUUUGAGAGUCUGUCAUCUCUGUCUUUGAUGAACAACACCAAACCAAAGAUAAUAGCAAGUGAAGAAGACGAAGAUGGGACGAACUCCUUGUUGCGAUAAAGAUGGAGUGAAGAAAGGGGCUUGGAGCCCUGAAGAAGACAGAAUCUUGAUUCAGUAUAUCCAAAAACAUGGCCAUGGCAGUUGGCGUUCUCUCCCCAAGAAUGCAGGGCUUCUCCGAUGUGGAAAGAGCUGUCGGCUUCGAUGGACAAACUAUCUUCGCCCUGACAUUAAAAGAGGUCCCUUUUCUCCUGAAGAAGAAGAUACUAUUAUUCGACUUCAUGGCAUGCUUGGUAACAAGUGGGCUGCCAUAGCUGGUCAAUUACCAGGAAGAACAGAUAAUGAGAUUAAGAACUUCUGGAAUACACAUCUAAAGAAGCGCCUUUAUUCUACAGCUCAAAAGUUGCAGAUUCAUCAAUCUUGGUCGUCUUCAGAGCCUAUCGCUAUAAAAUGUGAGUCUGCAUCAACUCGGCACAUGGUGCAGUGGGAGAGCGCGAGGGUUGAGGCCGAGGCCCGUCUAUCAAUGGAAACACUGUUGCUUAACCCGUCAUCAUCUGUUAAGAUGGAACGUGAUUACUUUCUCCAGUUAUGGAAUUCUGAAGUCGGGGAAUCAUUUCGCAGUAUCAAAGGGAAAGUUGGGGGAGCAUGUGAAAGUCCUAUCUCACAGACAUGUUCAUCAACGAAACUUGGGUCUGGUUCAGUUGACAAUGGCAGUAAACUUCAAAUGACACCCAUCAAAAUAAGUACCUCCAAUGACACUGCUCGUGAACAAGAAGAUAACAGCAAACUAAAUGCAGAUAUAAUGACUGCUUCAGAUUCUAUAAGCUCUAGCCAAUUUACUGAUUCUUCGGAUACAGCCUUGAAGCUGUUGUUGGAUGUUCCAUGUAUUAAUGAUAUGGAAUUCUUGGAAGGACAGACUGAACAUUUUUCCAGCUUCCUUAAUCUUAAAUGUGACUGAAACUUUUUUCCUAAUA